GUGACUGCACCUGUACGACCGACCGCGCUUAUCUCGAGACCUGCGGACGUGCGCUCUACAUCAGGAUCACUUCAUACUCACGGCGUGCCCCUCACCUGCGACCUUAGCUCCCCCUGGUUGCAAAAUCAUCGAAGCCCUCCUUUAGCACUGCUUCUACCAACAGUUUCUUCACAAAGAUCCCACAUCAACGACCAAGGUCAAUCGCACCACGAUGGCCUCCGUUUCCACCACGGCGCCGAAUGCCCACACACGUGCGAUGCAUAAUGACCUGGGAAGGGAAGAUCAGACACUGCUCCUGUUUGCCCACCUGAUGGAGGGCGGCAAGGAAGACGAUGAGACGGUUGAAAGUUUGGGCAAGCUAACCAAGCUGCUCAACGACGAUGUCGAAGCCACAAAGAAGGGAGAGAAAUCCAUUACCGCCGUCAUAGACAGUGACUGCGUCGAUACCAUAUUGUGUUAUCUGGAUAUGAGACAGACCGAUGUUGUUCGCGGCCAUGCUGCUCUCUGCACCUCUGCUUACCUCAAGGCCGCUGGCGAGGACGGCAGCAAGAAGCUCUCCGCCUUCUUCCUCGACCGGAUCCAACGCGGCACUUACGACGACUAUAUUGUGGCGUUUUGCGUGGCAGCUACCAUCUUCCCCAUCGUCCCCGAUCUCACGUCCGAGCUUUUCCUCAGCGAAGGCUUCCUCCCCAGUCUAGGCCCGCUUAUGAGGCGCAAGUGGAAGAGCCGCAAGGUCGAGACAGCCUGCCUCGAAAUGCUCAACGCUGCGUGCAUGCACUCUCACUGCCGUGAAGCUGUCCAGAAGUACUGCAUCGACUGGCUAGAGGAGAUUGUGGACCAGGAUACCGAGCAGGUUGUCGAGUCCAUGUACACCACCGAUCCCGACACCGCCACCCAGGAAGGUUCCGUUUCCAUGAGGAGGCACUCGAUCCAUGUCCAGAACCUGGCCGCCGUGGUUUUAACCAAGCUCAGGGCUGUUCAACCCGACCAGGCACCUCCAGACUUGUCCGACCCAUCCCAGCCCCGGAUACAGCCGGCGACAACCAGCGUAGAAGAUCUCUCCAAAAAGUUUACCCAGAUGCUCAUCAAGGACCCCGAACAUUCCAGCCAAUCCUCGGUCGAAGGACUCGCCUAUGCAUCGAUUCGCGCCAAGGUUAAGGAGGAUCUAGCCGGUGAUCCCCAAUUUCUCAAAUCACUUGUAAAAACACUCGAGUCGGCGCCGCCCAGGUCCCCUCUCAUGUACGGCGCACUCAGCAUUUUCCUUAACCUUACCCAAUACCGUCCCGCCCUCACAGAAGAACAAAAGCGCAUAAGUCAACUCAAGGCCUACGCGGAUGCAGUAGGCAAGCUUCAACCCGACCCCCUGAACGACAACGAACAUGUCAGCGCACGCUGUAAACGUGUCUUCGAAGCCGGCCUCACCCCCGUUCUCGUGACGAUCAGCAAGACCAGCUCCGUAGCCUCCCUCACCCUCAUCAUCUCGAUUCUCAACUCGCUCUCCAUGACUCCCUCUAUGCGGGGACCGCUUGCUCAACAAGGCGCCGUCCGUCUGUUGAUCGGUGCCUGGACCAACCUGCCCGAAGGCGACCCAAAGAACAUGACAGUCCGACGCACCGCCGCCCAGGCCCUCGCCCGUAUCCUCAUCUCAACGAACCCGAUGCUCGUUUUCGGGGGCUCCACCCCCAUCAACACCGCCAUCCGUCCCCUUGUUCACAUCCUGCUCCCCGACCAAACCGUCGACACACGCGAUCUCCUCCCGACGUUUGAGUCCCUGAUGGCACUCACCAACCUCGCUGCUGUUGACGACGACACUCGCCGCACCAUUGUCCGCGUGGCCUGGAAGGACAUUGAGGAGCUUCUCCUAUACAACAACCCUCGCAUUACCACUGCAGCUGUCGAGCUCGUUUGCAACAUCGUCCAAUCCCCCGAACAAGCCGAGGCGCUCUUUGCCGAUACGAGCAAACCGCAGGCGCAGACCAGGCUGAAGAUCCUUGUAGCUCUAGCAGACGCCGAAGACGCUGCUACGCGCAGUGCUGCCGGUGGUGCCUUGGCUGCCUUGACGGGGUAUGAGAGCGUGGUGAAGGCUAUUGCGGAGCGCGAACGCGGACCGGAGAUCAUUCUCGGUCUAUGUGAAGAUGAUAACGAGGAUCUGAGGCACCGCGGUGUCUUUGUCCUGCUGAAUAUGGUGGCAUGCGAGGGCCAGGCAGGCAAGCUGGCAAGAGAGAAGUUCCUGAGCAAAAACGCGGUGGAGAUUCUGAAGACGGUGGUUACUAGAUCAAAGAGGAGGGAGAUUGUGGAGCUGGCUGUACAGUCUCUGAAGUUGAUGCUGGGGAAGGAGUGAUUGGCUUUCUGUUGAAAGUAAACCAUCCGAGGCUGGUAGGUAUACAGGAUGCCUUGUUGAUUUUGUUUUUCCAUCAUUUCAACUGUCUUGAGUUUGUCAUUGUAAAAACAGGGGUACAAUUCACCUACGGGAUUG